AUGGAUCCCCGGAUCGCCUGGUUCCAGCCAGAGCAGCUCGGCCCCUCGAACCGCCUGUGGAUGCAGAUCUGGGAGACCACGCAAGGGGUCCGCAACCUCUACUUCCAGCAGCAGCAGCAGCAGCAGGAACAGCAGCAGCAGAGCGCCCCUGCCGGGGCCGGCCCGGCCUCCCCGCCCGGCAUGUACCGCGCCCCCCGCACCGACCCCCAGGCCGAUUUCCUGCCGCUUGAGAGCGCCAACAACCAGCACAACCGCAGCCACCACCAGGCCUCGCCGCCCCCGGGGGCCGCCGCCUGGGCCCGGCCCGCACGGGGAGGGGGGCCGCCUGCCGCCGCCGCGGCGGCCGCCAGCAACAAGAGGAAGCGCGACAACAAGGCCAGCACCUUCGGGCUCAACUACAGCCUCCUGCUGGGGCCCCCCGGGCAGGGCCGGGCCCCCGCCCUGGGGGACGAGCCAGCCGCCCGGGCCCAGGCUGGCCUGGUAGAGCCGCUGUACACCGGCACCCCCUGGAAGAAGAGGAACUACAGCCAAGGCGUCGUGGGCCUUCAUGAAGAAAUCAUUGACUUUUAUAAGUACAUGUCUCCCAGACCUGAAGAAGAGAGAAUGCGGAUGGAAGUGGUGAACAGGAUAGAAAAUGUUAUAAAAGAGCUCUGGCCUAAUGCAGAUGUGCAGAUAUUUGGAAGUUUUAAAACUGGUUUAUAUUUACCUACAAGUGAUAUCGAUUUAGUUGUAUUUGGAAAAUGGGAGACGUUACCUCUUUGGACCCUGGAAGAAGCUCUUAGAAAGCACAAUGUAGCAGAUGAAAACUCAGUAAAGGUUUUAGACAAAGCAACUGUACCUAUUAUUAAACUGACAGAUUCCUUCACUGAAGUAAAAGUUGAUAUAAGCUUUAACGUACAGAAUGGGGUUAAAGCAGCCCAGCUCAUCAAAGAUUUUAUCAAGAAAUAUCCUGUAUUACCCUAUCUAGUUUUAGUAUUGAAGCAGUUCCUUUUGCAGAGGGACCUUAAUGAAGUAUUUACAGGUGGAAUCGGUUCUUACAGUCUUUUUUUAAUGGCUGUCAGUUUCCUUCAGCUGCAUCCCAGGGAAGAUGCCUGUGUGCCCAAUGCCAACUAUGGUGUUCUUUUAAUAGAAUUUUUUGAAUUAUAUGGACGUCACUUCAACUAUCUGAAGACUGGUAUCCGAAUAAAGGAUGGUGGCUCUUAUGUUGCCAAGGAUGAAGUGCAAAAAAGCAUGCUGGAUGGCUACAGACCAUCAAUGCUGUACAUUGAAGAUCCGUUACAGCCAGGUAAUGAUGUUGGGAGGAGUUCCUAUGGUGCCAUGCAAGUGAAACAGGCUUUUGAUUAUGCCUAUGUUGUUUUGAGCCAUGCAGUUUCCCCGAUAGCUAAAUAUUAUCCUAACAAUGAAACAGAAAGUAUAUUAGGUAGAAUCAUUAGAGUAACCCAGGAAGUGGCCACGUACAGAGACUGGAUAUCAAAGCAGUGGGGAAUGCAGAGUAGGACGGAGUCUUCGUGUAAUGGUAAUGGAGUAACCUUGAUAGUAGAUACUCAGCAGCUUGACAAAUGCAACAAUAAUCUUGCUGAAGAGACUGAAGCACUGGGAAAACCUAGAAAUAAAACUUCAGAAACACUUAGUAAACAUUCUUCAAAUUCUUCAUCAGGUCCUUUAUCGUCAUCAUCGUCUACACUGUCCAGCUCUAGUGAUGUAGAUUCUGAUGGAACACCUUGCAAAACCUCUAAGCAAUUGAGUUGUCGUCAGUCUGCCACAAACAGAAUGGGGUCACAAGAAGCGUCACUGGAAUCCUCUCAGUCAAGUGGGAAAACGCAAAAUAGCCAAACAGUCAAUACAUCCAGCAACAUGAACAAAUCUCAGCAUGGAUCUGCACGGUUAUUUCGCUCUUCUAAUAAAGGCUUCCAAGGUCCAACAAACUCAAGCCAUGGUACCUCAGUUACAAACAAACAACAUCAAGGCAGUAAAUCACACCAGUUUUAUCAUGGCAAAAAGAGGAAACACAAGAGGGAUGCGACCCUUUCAGACCUUUGUAGAUAGUUGCCUAUUUUAUGACUGUUCUUCUCUGUGCAAUGAUCUCAUGCUACAGGAUAGUUUGAUAGUGACUCCUUGGAUCUCUUCCGGAGCUUCAGACUGUUCAGACAUUGAUUAGCAACUGCAUUUUUUUUUUUCCCAGCUCGCCACGGAACGGAUCAUGAAGAUUGAUCACUGCAAAAUAAAAUUUAAAAAAAAAAAUUAAAAAGGAAAAAAAAA